AUGGCAGGGCGAGGCAGAAGUGGACGCGGCGGCAGUGCCGCGGACGGCGAAGCGAGUCCUACUCGGGUGAGUGUGAGCGAGGUAGUGCUCGGCUCUACCCAGAAGCCACCCGAAUAUGGGAAGACGCUGUCCGCUGCUGCAUCUAGGCGGUUUCUGCUUCGGUACGCGGAGUAUGAGCGCCUGGUGGGGCGCGGCAACGAAGGUCGGGUAGUGCAAAGGAAGCCUACGUCGAUUUCCGAGUUGCUGCUAGUGCACAUCCGCAAAUGCUUGUCUUCUCUAUACUUUGAGGGCAAGAAAAUUCUGACGGAGGCAAAGCUGCGGGAAGGUCUGUCGCUCAACGCCGAAAUUUCGGGAGAGGCUUUGGUUGAGCCAGCCGAGGCGAAGGCGGGUGUGACCCGCGCGGCUACCAUGAAGCCGGGUGCCUCGGUGCUGGAACGAAUAUAUGCUAUUCAUAGCGCGUUGGAAUAUUUCCUGGUGGUGAACCCGAAUGUGGCGCGGCUGUACCGCAACGCCGACGACGAAUGGCUCGAAGAGUCGGCGCACGUAGUCAGCAAGGCUCUGGUGAAAGGAAUUUCGCCUCCAGAAUUCAAGGCAAACGUGGAGAGCUCUCUGGAGCUCCAAGGAAAUUGGAAGACGGAGCCUGGGGGCGUAUUAGCCGUGAUGGUCAAGGAGGCCACUGACUGGAAGAAACUAGAGAAGGUAGAUGCAGAGCGUCAAACCCGUGACGCGGAGCGUAAAACCCGUGGCGGAGCUCGUGCUGCUGGCGAUAAGUCUGACAAGGCGGCUCGUGGUGGCGCGGCUGGCAAGGCGCGGGGCCAGCGUUCCGGCAGUGGGCGCGGUGGUCAGUCCGGCUCUUCUGGGAAUUGCUGGGUAUGCGACAAGCCAGGCCAUAUCGCUCGAGGCUGCAAGCAGGCAUCGUCUGAGAAGUCUGGGGGCAAACCUGCGCCAGCGGCGGCGGGGUCUGGAAAAUCGCCGGCGACCUCGUCAGCAGCAGCAGGGGGGUCAGCAGCGAGCGGGUCAGCAGCCGGGUUCAACCGUCCAGAGGAGGCCCACGGGGGUCAGCAGCGAGCGGGUCAGCAGCCGGGUUCAACCGUCCAGAGGAGGCCCACGUGCGUGCCACUCGACGACAUCCCAUCUCUACUUGAGGUUGAGGAAGCGGUACGGGAAAUGGCCAACAGAAAGGCCGUCGGGCCGGACGACCUACCGGCUGAGCUGAUCAAGCUUUUCCUGGACGGAGAUCAAGGUCUCCUCCGCGAA